AUGGACUUGUGGAACUGGGAUGAAGCAUCACCACAGGAAGUGCCUCCGGGUAGCAAGCUGUCAGGACUGGAAGGAGCCGAAUUCGGCUUCUAUUUCCCUGAACUGACGCUCCAAGGGGACACGCCGACAGCGGAGACAUGCUGGAAAGGUACGGUCUCAUCCCUCGCAGGGUUCCCACAGUUGGACUGGGGCUCCUCAUUACCGCACCCAGAAGCUCCCUGCAGGGCGGAGUCCGCCUCUCAGGCUCUUCCGUGGUCCGGAGACUGCUCAGAGCCGGCAUGCAAUGCCUCCGACCCUUGGAGCCGCGUGGCCCAGACCCUGGACCCCGCCCCUCCCGGCCUGGGCCCCGCCCCCUUCGCUGGUUUCGAAGGUAGGGUUGGCCCAAACGGUGCCGCAUCGGCUGGAAGGGCCACCUCGUGGUCGCGCGCCCAGGCCGCUGGGAGCGCCACCAGCUGGGACUGUUCUGUCGGUCCCGACGGCGCCACCUACUGGGGCAGUGGCCUGGGCGGGGAACCAUGCGCGGACUGUACCGUUUCGCGGGGCUGGCCUGCGAGCUCGGACUGUACCACUUCCUGGAAGCCGGGACUGAAUACGAACUGCACCACCUCUUCGAAGGGGUACCCGAGUUCAGCUCUCACCACUUCCUCCGAACCGAGCCAGCAAUCGGACCGUUCCACUUUGCCCCGUUACCCCAAAACUAACCACCGAGGUCCUAUUCAGCUGUGGCAGUUCCUCCUGGAGCUGCUCCACGACGGGGAGCGUAGCAGCUGCAUCCGCUGGACUGGCAACAGCCGCGAGUUCCAGCUGUGCGACCCCAAAGAGGUGGCUCGGCUGUGGGGCGAGCGCAAGAGGAAGCCGGGCAUGAAUUACGAGAAGCUGAGCCGAGGCCUGCGCUACUACUACCGCCGCGACAUCGUGCGGAAGAGCGGUGGGCGCAAGUACACUUACCGCUUCGGGGGCCGUGUGCCCGGCCUCGCCUAUCCGUACUGCGCGGGGGGCGGACGUGGAGCAGAGACCCAAUAAAACUAUCCUGU